UGUAGGGAGACUGAGAGGAACCCGCUGCUGGACAGAACCACCAAAGAACAACAUGGAGGCUGCAGACCAGGAGGACAACAUGGACCCUGGUGUCAUGGAUGUUGAGAGGGAAGGGGAUGACUGUGACACCAGCUGGAGCCAAGAGCUCAGGCUCGUCCUCAUCGGAAAAACAGGAAGUGGCAAGAGUGCAUCUGGAAACACCAUCUUGGGCCGGAGGCAUUUCCUGUCUCAGAUGAGCGGCAGCUCUGUCACACAGAUCUGUGAGCUCGGGAGCGUCAUGCUCACAGAGGAAGAGGCAGCCGAGGAGGAGGAGGAGGGCCAGGCUGUCACAGGGAGGAAGAUGAGGAGAGUCACAGUGCUUGACAUGCCAGGUUUUGGGGACACUCACCUCAGCAGGGAGCAGAUUCAUGCAGAGAUAGCCAAGUGUGUGUGUCUCUCUGCCCCCGGGCCUCAUGCCUUCCUCCUGGUGGUGCCAUUAGGACGAUACACAGACGACGAGAACAAGGCUGUUGGUGAGAUGUCAAAGAUAUUUGGGGAGGAGGCACUCCGUCACCACACUCUGGUUCUUUUUACCAGAGGUGAUGACCUGGAGGGGAUGGGGAUUGAAGAGUUCCUGAGGAAAACUGCGCCUCCCGGGCUCAAGGCUCUGAUUAACAGGUGUGGCAGCAGGUACCAUGUCCUCAACAACAAAGACCCAAGUAACUCAGAGCAAGUGAAAGAACUCCUGAUGAAGGUGGACAUGAUGGUGAGGCAGACCACCACAGGGUUUUAUACCAACGAAAUGUAUUUAGAGGCGGAAGCUGCCAUCAGGGAGGAGCAGGAACGGAUGUUGAGGAAGCGAGGUGAAGGGAAAGAACGAGGGGGGAACAAGAGCAGCAGCAGCAGCAGCAGUAGGGAGGAACUGGUGAAACGAAGGAAGUGUCACCUAGAGCCUGACGAAGCAGGGGGCAGCACGAGAGGAAAUGAAGAUGACUUUAGGGUGGAGAGAUGGACAGAGGAGAGCAAAUGCAGUGCUUUCAGCCUCCUCAGGGACAUAUUUAAACAAAGCAGGGACCGGUUCAGAGGGAGACACGAGGGCCACAGGGGGGACAUCAGCAGGCGACAUUCUCGCCGUUCAUCCUUGACUCGUAUGAGACAGGAGGCUGUGCUCUCUGCUAAGGUCCUGGACAGAGUGAAGAUCAUGGUAGCUGCUGGAGCCACGGGCAUGGCAUUCGGGACGAUGUUUGGCAUAGCAGUCCCUUUGGCUGCUGCAGCUGGGGCUUCCCUUGUGGGAAACUCGGUGGGUUUCGCUGCAAGUCAACUAGCAGGGAUGUCUGUAGCGGGAGGCACGGGGGUUGGGAAAGCUGUGGGGGCCAUAGUGGCAGCAGCUUCAGGUAAAACGGCCCUGGCACUGGGAGCAGCAACAGGUGGGGCCAUGGGCGGUUCUGUGGGAGCCAUUGUUGGUGCUGGGGCUGCCAGUCCAAGGGAGGGUGCUUUGGAUGCCCUGGGGCAGGUUAGUUCCAUCGGGGCCUCUGCUGUGGGGAUGGCAGCAGGAGUUGGAGCAUCCUUGGGAGCUGGGGCUGCUCUAGGUGCAGUUCUGGAGGGAGCAGCUGUCGGCACAGCCGCCCUCGGUGCAGCUGAAACUGCAGCAGUAGGUGCAGCCAAUGCGUCUGUAGCUCAGGCUGGUUUAGUUUCAGCAGCACUGUCUACCACUGUAGCACCUCAGGGUGCUGCUGCAGGAGCAGUCUUAGCUCAGGCUGAGUCUGUUGGUACUGUAUGUGGGUUCACAGGUCCAGGUGUGGCCAGCACGGUCCUGUCAGACCCUUUGAGAACUGCGGGGGCAACAACUCGUAUUUUAUCCGUAGUGGCUGAUAUAAGCAAGGCUGUAGCAAGCAUCGCCGUGGCUGGGGGUCUGGUAGUGAAGGUGGUAAAGGAAAACGUUAGAUGUGGCACACAAACAGAAGAAACAAAUCACUCUGAGAAAAAGUCUUAUGAGAUCUACUGGAACAAAUAAAUACAGCCUGAGAGUGGAGUUGGUUUCUAGUUAAUUAGUGUAUAAUUAUAUUUUCUCCUGAUGAAAUCCUGCACAUCAAAGUAGCUUCAGUCUGUGUUGCUAUUAAAACACCUCAAAUAUUCAGUAGCUGGAGCAUUGUGGUGUGAAACUGGUAAAAUGCUGGUAAGAGAGUUUAGUGAUAUUUUCCGUGUAAUGACAGAUGAAGGAUAUUAGCGUAUGAAUGAUUGUUUUAAGGUUGUGACUCAUCUUGCACUGGUUGGUUUAGAACAAGAACUUAAGUAUUUUUAUAGAAAUAAAGAACAAAAAGACAGACAAAAGAAGUAUUAGAAAGCAUUUUAAAUCCUAAAGGGUGACAGUGGGUUGUGUGUUUUUUGUGUUUCACUUGCCACUUUAUCUGAAAAGUGUUUAUUAGUUUUGAACAUCCAGCACCAGAUGCUGUAAAUGUAUCACCAGUUCACUCCUGUUCUGACUUUUGUUGCAGUCAAAUGAGCACUAAAGACAAUAAAGUAUUUGAAUGAC